UGGGAGGGAGGAGGAGGAGGAGGAGUGUAUAAAAGCACAGCAGGAUCAAGGCACAAAGUGGACAAAGAAGAUCCCGGCAAAAGCGAGCGACUUGACAGAAGUUCAGCAACACAAUGGAGACGCACAAGAUGCAAAGAGCAGAAAAGGAUCUGUCAGAGCAAAUGAAAAAGGUGACCAUGGAGAGUCACAUGAGGGCAGAGAACACGGAGUUAAUGCUGAGCUUCCAGAAGGGACAAGUCACCAUGCUGCAGUAUAAGCUUCUCCUCAGCUCCCUCCGUGAGAUCUACCAGACCUUAGAAGAGGAGUUGGAUAGGAACUCCGCCCACCCCGCCGUGGAGCCCAUUUACUUCCCGUCUGAGCUGGCCAGGCUGGAGUCCAUCGAGAAAGAUCUGGAGUACUUCUACGGUCCAGACUGGGAGGAGAGGAUCGUGGUACCCGCGGCCACGAGAAGAUACUGUGACAGACUCAGAGAGAUUGGGAAGGAGAACCCAGAGUUCCUGGUGGCCCACGCUUACACCCGCUACCUGGGCGACCUGUCUGGCGGCCAGGUCCUGGGCCGCGUCGCCCAGAGGUCCAUGGGCCUGAAGAGCGGCGAGGGUCUGUCCUUCUUCGCCUUUCCCGGCGUGUCAAGCCCCAACCUGUUCAAGCAGCUCUACCGCAGCCGCAUGAACGUCCUGGAGCUGAGCGAGGAGCAGAGGAAGGGCGUCCUGGAGGAGGCCGUCAGAGCCUUCGAGCUUAACAUCCAGGUCUUUGAGGACAUGCAGAAGAUGCUGAAGGUGGCUGAAGACCAGCUAGAAUCCAAAGACGGGAAACGCGUGAAUGCUCUGCAAAGCUCCAUGAUGGGCGUUCCACUCUUCAGGAUGCUCCUCGGAAUCUUUGUGGCUGUCGUCACCGUGGCAAUCUGCAUGUCGUAGACUCGUGUCCACAUAUUGUGAGCCAACUCGGGGUACAGCUACAGUACAUGGCGAUGUCUUCAUGAAAACCUUUGGUUUUGAACGCUCACACACACACCUGCAAAAAUGACGCAAAGGAAUUGGGUGACAUCCUUGCCCCUUGUCCAGACAUUUCCCAUUUUACUGAAUUUACAUUGCAACAUUAACACAGCAGUUUCCAAACGUUUGCAUGUUCAGCCUCCAAAACACUGUGAACAAAUGGCGAAAACGACACUGCUUCGAUCCAUUUUCAGUUGAAAAUGGUUUAGCGUAAAUACUGUCCAGUUUCUUGGGAGUGCUGCCAUUAUUAGAAAGAGUACUUGAUUCUGAAGCGUUGACAUUCCACAGGUCGAGCCAACUGGUCCAUAGACUUGAUGCGGACAUAACUGAGAUCACUUCCACAAGUGGACUUAGUUUUUUGUUUUGUUUGGAGCGUUCAAAUAGGCCUGAAAAAUGCAGACGAAUUGCUGACUUUGUUCGUAUGAGUAGAAGGCACGAAGUUUAACAACUGAAUUAAGUGGAGCAGAAAGUAGACUUAAAUCGGAAUCUUAUCAGUUUCUUUUUGUGUUGACAAUGCAAGUCAAUUUGAAGGAUAACUUGUUUCCCAACUGAUUUUGAUUUCUGGUGUACGUCAAGUCUAAUGGGGUUCAUUCAGUACAAUGGAAAGCUAUUGAAGUCAAUCCGGAGUACUCUUUUGUUUACAUUGCACAAGUUAAAGAUUUGAAACUGAACUGAGACCACUUCCGGAUUCAAUUCAGUUUCUUUGAAUUCUUACUAUUUUACUGUAGUGUCAUUGUAAAUACAAUUUAAUAAUAAACUAAUUGUAUGAUUUGACUGUAAUAAACACUUGCAUUUUCAUAUGUAACUGUUGAUGAUGUUUUAUUAAAAUGUCACAUUUUUAAUCAAAA